CUCACGUUUCCUGCUUAAUCCCAAAUCUGUCCAACGGAUCUGUGUUUUCUUCAUCUCUUCUAUAUCAAAAUAAACUACUAUACGAUGGCUGACAUCAAGCCCCCUUUCACCGAAGAAUCGGCUUGGAGGAAGGUCAAGGCAGCUCAGAACCUAUGGAACACCAAGGAUCCCGUGCGAGUUGCACAGGCUUAUACGCCAACAUGUAUCUGGCGCAAUCGGACGUCAUUCUUCUCCGGAACAGAGGGAAUCGUUGAGUUCCUGACUGCGAAGUGGAAGAGGGAAGAGAAUUAUAAGCUGCGAAAGGAACUGUUCUCCUUCACCGACAACCGCAUCGCAGUACAGUUUUGGUACGAGUAUCAAGAUAUUGAUGAUGGUCUGCGUUGGAAGCGGUGCUAUGGCCUUGAAGACUGGACCUUCGAUCGAGAGACAGGAAAGAUGUGUAAGAGAAUGAUGAGCGGCAACGAUGUGCUCAUCGGGCCUAAUGGAAAUGGAGAGGGAAGAUGGUUUGUGGACGGUGUAGAUGUCGAAGACGUCGAAAUUGGAGAGGAACAUUGGUGAAAGGCUACUUCUAAUUUCUACACACCAUAAGGCCGCUGUCAUUUACUGCAUUAGCAAUACUCCCUAUAUUCUAUAUUCCCUGAAUAAAAAGAAAAGCA